AUGUACAUUAUUGCGGAUGGUGAUAGUGGUUCCAGCAGCAGCGAUGAAGACAUCGAUACUACAGAAGAUAACUCCGAUCACCCAGGAAAAAUCCAUCCCCAAGAUCCUCCAUUCGUCAGGCCAAUACCACAAAAAUGUUCAACCAAGGAUCUGGAUAUCAUCAGCUCUCCACCCAUUACAACCAAGACUGACUCUACCAUCACCCAAUUAGACGAAGAAAUGCCUGUUGUACAGUCCAGUCAGAGCGUAGUUUUAUCUGUAUCAGCAAAAACAACCAUCGAACCUUCCACAACUCUCACUUCACAAUCAGCUACAGCGGUACCAUCUAUCCCCACGGUUCCACCUCUGGUUUCUACAGUACCAUCACUGGACAUUGCAAAAACUACAUUAUCAUCUGCUCCUUUGAUGAUACCAAAUGUAGAUAGCUCUUCGAAUCUGGUGGUAGUUCCUUCAAACUCUACGGCCGGACCUAGUACUGGUACUCUGCAAGCGGUACCAUUCCUCAUGCAAACCCCGAACGGGGUGGGGUAUGUUUCUACCCCAGAUGGUAUGCUGCUGGGGUUGCUGCAAGGACCGAAUAUCUCUCAGCCUCAGUUGGUAGCCAUACCUCUUAGUAGUUUGGGGGAUUUGACUAGUAGUAAUGUAAAGGAGGGGUCGAAAAGUAAAGAUGGAAGUAGUUGA